AUGGCAGAGACAAGUGAAUCUUUGCGGCGAACCCAAGAGCCAAACCCCGCUUCUUUGGAGUCUCUGGAUCCCAGAUACGGAGCUUAUGCAGAGCCGAGAGAAACAAAGCUGAGAAUGAAGAGUGGGAUGAUGCAACAAGAAAAGGAAGAAAUCGAACUUAAACAAAUGCCGACGAAGAAACAAGUGAAGUUUAGUUCAAGUGUGGGGGUGUCGAGGAAAGGGUCCUCUAUUUUGGCUCAAUCGGUGUCUAAUUUUUCAGCCACUUUAAGGAAAGAAAACCAAAAGCCACCAGUUAGGAGUGGGAUGGAAUUGACACCCCCAUUAGCAUCAGGGUAUAACUGGACAAAAGAGAAUGGGGUGUGGCCGUCGAAUUCGAGGGGGAUAAACCUGCAAAUGUCGGGGAGAAGAAAGGAAGGAUGA